UUCUUUUUUUUUCUUUUUCUUUGCCUUCAAAUCCAACAUAUUAUCUUCCUGUUCUCACUAAGACUGUAUGUGUUUGGUUUAUUAUUAUUUUAUUAUAUAUAUAUUUUUUUUUUAUAAAGUUUCACAAGUUUAAAAUUGUUUUGAUCAAAGCAAGUUUCAUCUGGAAAGCUUCAGACUCCAGAUAACUUUAAGAAAAGAAAUUGGAUUCAUGUGUACGGGUGUUUUUAAUACAUCUAAAAGUAAUAAUAAAACGAUGCAGUACACCGUCAUGUUCGGUGUUUAAAGGGCAAAUCCAUCCUCAGGCUUUUCUCAUUUUCCUAGUGGUUCAUGAUUUAAAGACAGCAGAAAAGAGAAGAGUAAAAAUCACUCCAAAUAAUGAUUAUAAUGUGCAGCACAUCUCAAAUUGAAGUUGUCCCUGACCUUUGUAUUGUCAACUUUAAGGUUUAAUUAAAUACGGUGCUUUUAUGUUGAAACGCCGAAUUCGCAUUCCUUGGCGCUUCCUCUUCUGGUCAUUUCCUACACCUCAAGUGCAAAGUUUAAUCCAAUCCCUUUUAACACCUAAAUGCACGUGUGAGACUCUUAAAAACAUAUUAAACGUUAUUAUGAUUUGGACGCGUAUCAUCUACAGCUGUCUCUAAGCAACAGCACAAUUUAGUCAUUAGAUUGGAACAGAUGGUGAUUAAGUGUAAAUGGAUUUUAAAGAUGGUCUGAAUGUGAUAGUUAAAGGGUGGAUUUACCUUUCAGUGCUAGCACAUGCUGGAUGAGUGUGUUGACUUGUGCGUUAACUUAGAUUAACCCCAUUGCACCCUGUCACAACUUGCUAAUGUGCAUCACACCCAGCAAAGUCGUUUUGCUUUAUCUUUGCACAUACUGCUGUUACAUGUCCUCUCUGUGACAGCUCAGCUUUUUUUUUUUUUUUUUUUUUUUUUUUUUUUCUUGUCUUUCCUCUGAAAAGAAAAGUUAUACUUCUAACUAACAUUCUGCCACAAUUUUGCCAAUUUGUGGCUUCAGAUACCUCAAAGUUACAACAUUGUCAUAGUAUCUUUGUGCUACGGUUUCCAAGAGGGACUCAAAUAUUCUAUUGUAAUGCCUUUUGUUUCCACACAUACACAGUAGAAUAAUAAAAUGUAGUUAUUUGUGCAGCACAGCAACGAAAUAGGGCAUUUCUAUCAUUCAAGUCCCCAUUGUAAUCAUAAAGUACACACAUCUCACAUGAUGUAAACAGAAUUGUCCAUGGAAGUGUAAUGUACUAAUGGAAACCAGUUGUACUGUGAAAUAUACAGUAUCUGAAUGUAUCUUGAAAGGAAGUGGUGGCUUUUUUUUCAUGACGCUGAGUCGGCAGAUGGGUAGACCUACAGUUUCAAUACCUUGCACUACUUGCAUACCAGUGAUAGAUAAAAUGACUGAUCUAGACCCCUGUGAAUUUAGGUAUAAAAUAAGAUUUAAACGUACAGAGACAUAGGCAUUAGUAGCAUGCUGGAAAAUGUUAGUUUAUUUUUUUUUUCUAAAGGAAGACAAAGUGUGGCAGAACAAAUGCAAAGCAUAAACAUUAGUAGAUUUUUUUUUUUUUUUUAAUUAAUGGAGAGAAAACAUUUGACAUUUGUUGUAACUACUGGGCAAAACUUGAGCUAGUGUUUGUGGCACAGAAUUGCCAGAUUUCGUUGAGCUCUUGAGCAAUCUCGCUCCGCCCACUCCAGUAGUUCACGUGACUGACCGUCGCCCAGGUUGUGUCGGAAGCAUCCUGGUGUUAGCAGUUUGCUAGGCGCUGACAAAAAUUAUAAAGUGAGAUGUAAAAAUUUUUAUAAUGGACGAAUAUAUUAGUUUGUGACUACUGGUGACAAAGAAGACAAGGAACUACACAAACUGGCCUUUUCCAACAUGGUCAGUUCGCUGGUAGUUGAAGAGGCCAGUUAACACUGCUAACAAAACACCAGCGGUUAGCUAACGUUCAAACUUUGACGGACAAAUGCAGUCAUUUGCUAGUUAGCUGCUACCGCUACCCUGCCAAUUUACUACCACACCAGCUGGCUAGGUAACACGUCUUGUUAUUAUACGGUAGUUAGCGUUGAAGCUGUUUACACACCGACUAUAACGCGUUGUUUUGACCAGUCGCUUAUAUAACCGAAGGUUUAACGUUAUUACCAAUUAACGUCAGCUAACUUAUGAAUAAUGACUAGUUAUUUAGCUAAUGCUAACAUUAGCAACUUAAACUGUUAGUUAAAUUUCAACUGCAGAUAACACAUACAGUUACUCAGACUACGUAAUUAAUACCGACGAUCAUUGACACAGUAACGGGAAAAAACAACAUCUUCUAAGUAGCAGGAAUAUGAAUCUUCUUUCUGAUUGAUUUCGACCAAUCACAUGAGAUAAAUAAUGCCAAACACCAGGAUGCCAAACGAGUGGGGAUUAAGGUUUGGGCAACAGCAUUGUCUGGAAUACAGCUGUCCGCUCAUUUUGAUAAUCCUUGUCUCCUUCACAAUGCAGCCACAGUAGAUUGUUUUAACUGCUGAGUGUAAAACGCAAAAUCUCGUAAAUAAGAAAACACCAGACAAACCAAUUUCAUCGCAAAGUCUGUAGUCCACUUUUCUUUAAAAUAUGUCUGGGGACGCAUCUGAUAGUAGUGAAGACUCUGAUGGAAAAACAAAUGAAAGGGCCUGUACUGUCAAGCACCAAAUCACCAAUGCUAACUUCACAGGUCACACUGAAAGAGUCGGCAUGGAGAACUUUGAGCUGCUGAAGGUCUUGGGCACUGGAGCUUACGGGAAAGUGUUUUUGGUCAGGAAGAACAGCGGCCAUGAUGUGAGCCAGCUCUAUGCUAUGAAGGUGUUAAAGAAAGCAGCUAUCGUUCAGAAGGCAAAGACAACAGAACAUACUCGCACUGAGAGACAAGUCCUGGAGCACAUCCGCCAGUCUCCCUUCCUGGUUACUCUUCACUAUGCCUUUCAGACUCAGAGCAAACUACAUCUCAUCCUGGACUAUGUGAGCGGUGGGGAGAUGUUCACUCAUUUGUACCAGCGGGAUCACUUUCCAGAAGAGGCAGUACAGAUUUAUAUUGGAGAAAUAAUUCUGGCUCUAGAACACUUGCACAAGCUUGGGAUUGUGUACCGAGACAUCAAAUUGGAAAACAUUCUUCUAGACAGUGAUGGCCAUGUGGUAUUGACAGAUUUUGGGCUCAGCAAAGAGUUUCUGGAAGAAGAUAAGGGGAGGACCUACUCUUUCUGUGGCACCAUUGAGUACAUGGCUCCUGAAAUCAUCAGAGGGAAAUCAGGACAUGGCAAGUCAGUAGAUUGGUGGAGUCUUGGGAUCCUGAUGUUUGAGUUGCUGACAGGUGCGUCUCCUUUUACCCUGGAGGGAGAGAGGAACUCCCAAAGCGAGGUGUCAAAACGUAUUUUGCGCUGUGACCCGCCGUUUCCCUCUAUGAUUGGACCCAUUGCUCAGGAUCUGCUGAAAAAGUUGUUGGUGAAAGAUCCCCACAAGAGGCUGGGAUCUGGACCGCGGGGGGCUGAAGAUAUCAAGGCACAUCCUUUCUUCAAGGGACUGAACUGGGAUGACUUAGCACAAAAGAAGGUUGCAAGUCCAUUCAAGCCAGAGCUGAAGAGCGAACUCGAUGUGGGGAACUUUGCAGAGGAAUUCACUGGGAUGGAUCCUGUUUAUUCUCCAGCCAGCACACCCCCGAGCACAGAUCGUCUGUUCCAGGGCUAUUCUUUCAUUGCACCCUCCAUCUUGUUCAAUAAGAACGCAGUCAUGGGAGACUUUGUUGAAACCCAAAUUGGUGCUGACCGACCAGCUUCUGCUUCUGUCCAACGCAGCGCAAUGUUACAGGAAUCCCAGUUUUUUCAGCACUAUGAGCUGUGUUUUCAAGGACCACCUCUAGGCGAGGGUAGUUUCUCUGUGUGCAGGAAAUGCAAACACAAGCAAACUGGCCAUGAGUACGCCGUCAAGAUCGUCAGCCGUAGAAUGGAGGCAAACACUCAUAGAGAGAUUGCUGCCUUGAGGCAGUGUGAGUCUCACCCCAACAUCGUCAAGUUGUAUGACAUCUUUACUGAUCAGUAUCACACAUAUUUAGUGAUGGAGCUUCUGCGAGGUGGGGAGUUGUUGGAAAGGAUCAAGAGGAAGAAACUGUUUGGCGAGGCAGAGGCCAGUCAGCUGUUACAGAGCCUGGUUUCAGCUGUCAGCUUCAUGCACGAGGCUGGAGUCGUACACAGAGACCUCAAACCAGAGAACGUGCUGUUUGCAGAUGAGGGGGAGGACUCUGUGCUGAAAGUAAUAGAUUUUGGAUUUGCUCGCCUGUGCCCUGCAGGCAGUGCCCCCCUGCAGACUCCCUGCUUCACGCUGCAGUAUGCAGCACCAGAGCUUUUCGAGAGUGCAGGAUAUGAUAAAGCCUGUGACCUCUGGAGUCUCGGGGUCAUCCUGUACACCAUGCUCUCAGGCCAGGUGCCAUUUCAGAGUGAGCAGCGUGGAAUGACCUCAUCAUAUGCUGCUGACAUCAUGCAAAAAAUAAAAGAGGGGGAUUUCUCAUUGGAUGGGGAGCCCUGGAAGGGUGUGUCAGAGGAUGCCAAAGAGCUUGUUAAAGGCCUGCUAACAGUGGAUCCAGAGAGCCGUCUCAAACUCUCUGAUCUGAAAGAGAACAGCUGGCUUCAGGGUGGAGCAUCCAUGUCCACCACUCCUUUGUGCACGCCAGAUGUGCUCGAGUCCAGUGGGCCCACUGUCCGCACUUAUGUCAAUGCUACCUACAAGGCUUUCAACCGAGGUAAGCGAGAAGGCUUCUUUCUGAAAAGUGUCGACAAUGCUCCCCUUGCGAAACGACGAAAGAUGAAGAUGACCAGCACAGGAGUAGAGACCCGAUGGAGUUCAUCCUCUUCUUCUUCGUCUUCUUCCACUUCAUCCACUGCCUCUGCAACAGCAUCCAAAACACAGCCAAAGCAAGCCGUGAUCCCAAAGCAGAGCUAGCCUGGCAACAGAACAGGGAGAAAGUGUUACGUGCUUGUACAGUAGCACAACGUCCUCCAGCAGUCAGUUAAAAAAAGCAAAAGCAUACUGACAAAUGAGAACACUGUCUUCACUUCAUGUAAAAUAUAAUUCCACUUUAACAGCUGCAGGUUUUCAUUCCUAACGCUGUAUUCUUUAAAAAACAAAACAUGUAUUUUCUGUGGUGGAAGAGGAGGCCUGACUGUCAGAAACUUUUAAUACUUAUUCAGUAUUCACUCACUUUAUUUUGGUGAGAUCGCACACUAAAAGUUAAAAAUGAGACAUUUACCUGGUUUCACUGUGGGUAAGAAACAGUGCCUGGCUACAUAGGGAAAAGGGAAAAAAGGAGCCAUAAAUAAGCAGAAGCCAUAUACAAAACAAAAGAAGUGAAUACAUCCAUUAAGUCAUUGUGAAGAGGCACACAUUUGUACACGGCAAAUGAACAGUCCUUCCAGUAAUUUGCAGGUUUAAUUCUUUGAUUGUACUGCUGAGUUUUUUGCCACAAAUAUAAUGAUUAACACAAAAACUGCAGAAGUCGACACUGUGCUCUGUUAAGAGCGAGCAAGAUUCAGGUGUUUGCAGAGAAUGUCAAAUGAUCAAAUGGUUUAAAAAAAAAAAAAAAAAAAAAAGCAGCAAAUUUCUGGAAGGAUGGAGCACAGAGAGAGAUUACUGUGGGGUGCAAAACCUUAAGGAUUCUAUAGGAUGAUUAAUGCUGUCGGUCUUUGCAAAGAAGCUGCACCUGCAGUACACUACUCACUGUACGGAUCCCACUGAACACUUUGAGGAGCUGGGAUUAUGUGGCUCUGAAGAAGUGUUUUGAUUGUGUGUCAAGAUGUGUCCAACAGUAGCAGCUGUUUAAAACAAAAAAAAGACAUGGAGACACAGAAGCAGACAUGCAGUGGAGUGCGAUUUUCAUCAUACUUGCUGUAUAUUACUCGCGCUAUUGUGCCUGUCUGAAAAUUUCUAGCAUGCUAAUCUGUUGUGAUGAUGGACUGUAAGAACUUUUUCUAUUUUUGGUAUCUUUGAGUCAUUGAAAAAAAAGUUACUUGGAGUAUUUUCUGUUUUUCUACGCUACCAAGUGCAGCUCAAGUGUUUGCACGUAGAUGGAAGCCGAAUGUGGCUGGUGAUUUUGAACGCACAUCGCCUUUGUGAACUUUGAAUGAUUAUUACAGUUUUUAUUCCUGAUGGUAUCAAAUGCGGGCGGUAGUCUGAUUGCAAGGUUGAUGCUCAACGAUUAAGCUCAUCCAGGCUGGCUUUCGUCUUUAUUUUUCCACAGAAGUGAUUUUAAAACAUUUGAUGGCUUUGAACUUCAAAUUACGUUUCAGAAUGAGACACCUAAUUGUGACUUUUUUGGUUGUUUUUUUAAGGAUGGGGCCACCAUCCUAUGAGAGCUUUGUAUAUAAUCAUCAUGCUUUAGAGAAAAAAUAAUGUAUGUAAUGAUUUGAAAUUGAUCAGCUGUUUGGGUGGUAUAUUGUAAUGUUUUUUAAUGGACUUGCCUCUUUUUUUUCUUUUUUACAUGUUGCACAGUCAGUUGAUCAGUUAACACACAUUUCAGCUUUAAAGGUGCUUUCACUGAUAUUUAUUACAUGUAAUUGAUUUUAAUGCUGUGGUAAUGGGAUUAUCAUAAUUUGGCUCUUGUUGUGUACCAGCCCGGCGUGAAUGUUGCUGUAUGAUAACUGAGUGGCGAUGGGAGAUUGGUUGUAUUGAUAUUUCUGAACCAGAUGAAGCAUAAUUGCAAGUUACUGUAAUAUUUUCCUGUUGUUGUUUGAAGCCGUUGUCUGUUUGAAGGUAACCGGUUGUUUGUUUGGUAUCUUUACUUAAGAAACUGCUUUUAUUGAUAUUGGUAUUAUUUGGUUGCCAUAGAUAUUCUCUCUUCUCUUUUCCCGAGCAUUAUUUUACUGAGUUGCACUGUCUCUGGUGUUGUUGCUGGGAUUUGUCUUUUUGCACCGCAAUGUUUUUAUUUUAUUUUUUUGGCUGGUGCAAAAUAAACAUUACUUUUCAAUAGA